UAUCACGCAAUAUCCGGGACACGAUCUUGCCGGUGAGCUGGCUGAACUGAUUCAGUUAAACACCAUAUACAAUAUAUAUUUACGGGUAUAGUAAUCGUAUAAUGUCGGAAAAGAGCAUGGCGGAGCAAAUGAAGGAGUUGAAAGUUGACGAAGGGAAAAAGGGAGGAGGAGGCAAAGAUGGAGAGAAGAAGAAGAAGAAGGCUGCAGCAGGAGACGCUGGUGGGAAGACAGAGCUGUCCCCUCCUCCUGGGUACAUGGAGGAGCGUCUGUCCCUGUACACUAAACUGAAGGAGGAGCAUGAUGCUCUGAUGGCCGAGAGGGCAGAGAAGGACAGUAAACCCAUCAAGGUGACUCUGCCAGAUGGGAAGGUGGUGGAGGCUGAGUCCUGGAAGACCACACCCUACCAGGUGGCUGCUGGCAUCAGUCAGGGUCUAGCUGACGCCACGGUGAUAGCGAAGGUGAACAGCUCUGUGUGGGACCUGGACCGACCUCUAGAGGAAAACUGCAGUCUGCAGCUACUCAAGUUUGAUGACGACGAGGCUAAAGCUGUGUACUGGCACUCCAGUGCCCACAUAAUGGGUGAGGCGAUGGAGAGGGUCUACGGAGGCUGUUUGUGUUACGGUCCGCCCAUCGAGAACGGCUUCUACUACGACAUGUUCCUGGACCAAGAGGGAGUGUCCAGUAAUGACUUCCCCUGCCUGGAGAACUUGUGUAAGAAGAUCAUCAAGGAGAAGCAGCCCUUCGAGAGGCUGGAGAUCAAGAAGGAGACUCUCCUGGAGAUGUUCAAGUACAACAAAUUUAAGUGCCGGAUCCUGAAUGAGAAGGUGACCACCCCAACCACUACUGUGUACAGGUGUGGUCCGCUGAUUGACCUGUGCCGAGGACCCCAUGUCCGACACACUGGAAAGAUUAAGGCCCUGAAGAUCCACAAGAACUCAUCUACCUACUGGGAGGGCAAGGCUGACAUGGAGACUCUUCAGAGGAUCUACGGGAUCUCCUUCCCUGAUCCUAAGAUGCUCAAGGAGUGGGAACGCUUCCAGGAGGAGGCCAAGAACAGGGACCACCGCAAACUGGGACGGGAACAGGAUCUGUUCUUCUUCCAUGAUCUGUCUCCAGGCAGUUGUUUCUUCCUGCCUAAAGGAUCCUACAUCUACAACAGUCUGGUGGACUUUAUCAGGUCUGAGUACCGUAAGCGAGGCUUCCAGGAGGUGGUAACCCCUAACAUCUAUAACAGUAAGCUGUGGCAGACAUCAGGCCACUGGCAACACUACAGUGACAACAUGUUCUCCUUCGAAGUGGAGAAGGAGGUGUUCGCCCUCAAACCUAUGAACUGCCCGGGACAUUGUCUGAUGUUCGACCACCGGCCGCGGUCCUGGAGGGAGCUGCCUCUGCGAAUGGCCGACUUCGGCGUGCUGCAUCGUAACGAGCUGUCUGGCGCUCUGACUGGUCUGACCCGUGUACGACGCUUCCAGCAGGACGACGCCCACAUCUUCUGCACCAUGGACCAGAUUGAGGAGGAGAUUAAGGGUUGUCUGGACUUCCUGCGUACAGUCUACGACUGUUUUGGUUUCUCCUUCAAACUCAACCUGUCCACCCGACCUGAGAAGUUCCUGGGAGAGCCUGCGGUCUGGGAUCGGGCUGAGAAGGUAACGAUACUUAGACUUGAUCAAGGGUUUGUUAAGUUUCAAUGUCACAGGCCCAAGUACAGCUCUAACCAAACAAGGCAGUAAUAAAUAACAAUGUAA